AUGGAUGGCUAUGAGGAGACAGAGGGACAUUUCCUGGUGGAUUUCACCCAGAAGAUUAUUGACAAGAAGAGAGAGAAUCAUGCGGACCAAGACUUUCAGGGAAAAGGACGUGACCCGGCUGAAAAGGACCGACUAUCAGAGGACAUGCGUAGAGAGCUGCAGAGGCAAGUCUGGGAGAGGGAGGAGGCCAUGAACAGUCCUGUGGGACGAAUCCACUACGAGGACAUCGGGGAGCAACAGGCCCAUGAGCUGGGUGUGGGCUACUUUACAUUUCAGGAGCAGCGCAGGAAACAUACUCUGGACAUGCUCAGACACCAGACGACAGACCAGCGCAGUAAGAGGGAGCAGUUGAAGGAGAACAGGAAUGCUCUGCUGAACGCUCAGUUGGCCAAGGUGAGGCAAAGGAAGAUGAAGACUAAGCUGGAUGGAACACAGGACGACCAGGGAGCUGGACCCAAACAAGAAGAUGAUGAAGCCCAUGAGGAGGCCCCUGCAGUGAAGAAGUUGGAGGUAGAGAUCCAGGAGAGGAGAGACACCAAGUCAGGAGUACCCCACGUCAGGGAGUGGGACAGGGGCAAAGUGGACUUUUUUGGCAAGUGGACGAGUCGGCGGCAGGAUGAUAGGGAGUCAGAGUUCACUCCUCCCUCUGUGUACUUCAGCGACGAUAAGAGACAGGGCUACGGGAAAUGGGCCAAACGGGAGCAGGACAGACCCAAAAUGGCCUUCAUGUGUCCCGAUUUGUACCUCCACCCUUUCACCUUCAGUAUCUUCCUCAACUUCAGUAUGCAGCCCCAAACUCAGCCCCAGUGCCCCCCUCAGCCUCAGACCCAGCUCCCUUCCCAGAGCCUGGAUAACAUGCUGUCCUUCAGCAAGAACUCUGCUUGA